CAAGUUCUUAAACUAAAUUUGUAUAAAUUUUUGCUACAUUUGUAGGUGAUGUGAGAUGGCAUCUUUAUCUCUGCCAAGAGUUCUGCAACAACGAAAAACUAGUCUCGAACAGGAAAGAGAAAAUUUUGAAAAAUGUCAGAGAACUGGACACUUCCAUAAACGUACCAGUCGUAUUGUAACGACACGCUUGAAGGGUCACGAUUUCCAUUCUCUUGGUGAUUUUUGGAGCGAUUUGCCAGGCAACAACGAUGUCUCCGCUCAGUGACGCAAACAGAAAACUGAUUGUUGAAGCGUUUGAUAAUAUGGCAAUCAGUAUUGGAAAAGCCAUCAAUCAGAUUGAAACUCCAGUCAAAGAGAAGCAUGUAAGAAGCACGAUCAUCGGAACGUUUCACGAGAAGGGAGCACAGACAUUUUGGGUGUGUGCUCUGCGACUCCCUUUACAAGACAAUCGAAUUGUGGCAUGGAAAUUUUGUCAUGUCCUACAUAAAGUUCUUCGAGAGGGACAUCCACAAGUUCUUCCCCACUCCCAGCGACAUCGAGGAUCAAUAGAAGAUUUGGGAAAGUUGUGGUGCCAUUUACGAGAAGGGUACGGGAAACUUAUACAGUGCUAUACUGUUCUUCUCAUAACAAAGUUGGACUUCCAUCGCCGCAACCCUCGUUUUCCGGGCAACCUUCAAGUCACAAAAGAGGAACUUGAGAGCAUUGGCGAGAAUGAUAUCAAUAACUAUUUUCAAAUGUCUGUAGAAAUGUUUGAUUACAUGGAUGAAAUUUUAAAUCUUCAGUCAGCAAUUUUUGGCUCGCUCAACAUGUCUCGUUCAAACUCGAUGAUGAGCUCCGGUCAGUGUCGCCUUGCGCCGCUCAUACCCUGCAUUCAAGACUCAUCGCAGUUGUACGAUUACUGUGUCAAGAUUCUCUUCAAAUUGCAUGCAAGUCUUCCUCCUGAUACACUAGCAGGUCACAGAGAAAGGUUUCUGAAGCAAUUUCAAGGUUUGCGACAGUUUUACCUAAAUGCAAACACUAUGCAGUACUUCCGCAAUCUUAUCCAGAUUCCUCUACUGCCUGAGACACCACCUAAUUUCCUUGUGCAGUCAGAUCUGCGAAGCUAUGUGACGCCCGUUGUUAUCCUUCCGCCAGAAGAUACAGUCCAUCAUAGCGACAGUGACAAUGUGGUGGAUGGAAAUCUAGUGGAUACGUCAGACGCCAACUCUAUGACGGGUGAUCUAGUCGACUUGAAUCAUCGAAAUGGUUCAAUCUCACCAGAUGUUCUUGCAGAAAGAGACAACUUGAUAGAACAUCUGCAGCAAGAGAUCAGUCGUCUAAGGGCAGAAAUACAGAGGCUGAUCCACGAACACCAAAGAAUAGUUGAUCAACUGAAUGAAAGAAUUGGGGAGCUACAAGUGGAUUUAGCAACAAAGGACAGUGAACUUCUUCAAGAAAGGCAGUUGAAAGAUGAUUUGUUACAGCAAACUGAAGUUGUUUCAAAGUUCCAGGAAACUGAGAAGAAGGCGAAGACAGUAGAAGAAAAAUUCCAAAAACUGAAGGAAGUGUACACCAAACUACGGGAGGAACAUAUCCAGCUAAUUCGACAAAAAGCUGAUAUUGAUAAACAACUUCUUAGUGCACGGAGUAUGAGUGAAACUGCAAUAAGAUCAAAAACUCAAGCUGAAUCCAGAGUACAGGAACUGAUGUUAGAGAAGUCGGAGGCAGAAGAUUCAUUACAGAGGUGUUCCAGUGAAGCUCAGGCUGAACUUGUGACCCUGAGGCAAAGUCAGGAAUCAGCCAAAUCUGAAAACCAGAAUCUUGCCUGCAAAGUUGAGUGGCUACUGAGUGAGAAGAAUUUAGUUGAAUCAAAGCUUCAAGACCUGUUGGCUCAAAAGGAGGACCUCGAUGUGCGACUCAAGGACACGGAGAACAGGAUGAAGGAGUUGGAAGCACGGUUACAGGAAGAAAAAUACAACAAGCUGUAUCAGCUGUUGGUCACGUGCAUAUCACAAGCAGAAGAAAUAGUACAAAAAUCAGUUGAUGAAGUUGACAAUCCAGCCAUUUCUGCUGUUACAUGUACACCAGAUUAUUUUCGAGGUUUAAUAGAACCAGUUCAGAAUUCCUUAAAUUACCUUGCAAGCUCAUUUCAGGCUUACAGUUCAAAUUCUGCGGCAAUUGAUAGUCUGGUUCAGAAUGUGAUAUGUACGGCUCAGCUUCUUGCUGAUUACAUACUGCGAGGAAAAACCACUUCUAACACGUCUCCUGAUAUUGAGUUUGGAGAACACAUAGCUGAAGUAUGUAAAUUAGUAGGAAGUUCCACUUUGAACCUUCUGGGCAGUAUAAAGGAUCAAAAGAAGGCGGACAGUGUGGCCGGGAACGUUGCCACAGUGAAGAGCAGAGUGGCCGAGUUGUCAGAGCUAAUUGAGAAACUCACAAAUAUUUUGAAAGGUGAUUCUGCAGAAAUGAUUGGUGAUAUGGUUGAGUCAGAGCUUGCUAGUAUGGACAAAGCAAUUGAGGAAGCUGCCAACAGAAUAGAAGAAAUGUUGAGUAAAUCCAGAGCAGCUGAUUCAGGGCUCAAACUUGAAGUGAAUGAGAAAAUCUUGGAUUCAUGUACAACCCUAAUGCAAGCAAUUAGAGUGUUGGUGCAGAAGUCUCGGUUAUUGCAGGCGGAGAUUGUUGCCCAAGGAAAGGGUACAGCAUCUGCUAAGGAGUUUUACAAAAGAAAUCAUCAGUGGACAGAAGGCUUAAUAUCAGCGGCCAAAGCUGUCGGAAUGGGAGCUAAGUUCCUUUUAACGGCAGCAGACAAGGUGGUGAGUGGUCAAGGUAAAUUUGAGCAGCUUGUGGUGGCAUCACAGGGGAUUGCAGCCAGUACGGCACAGCUUGUGGUGGCAAGCCGUGUGAAAGCUGAUCGCAACAGCAAGAAUAUGUCAUCCCUGUUUCAAGCAUCGAAGGGUGUCACCCAAGCUACGGGUGGAGUCGUGGCUACUGCCAAAUCAUGUGGGCAGAUGAUAGAGGAGAACGAGGACCUAGACAUGAGUGGUUUGUCACUGCACCAAGCUAAGCGAUUAGAAAUGGAGGCCCAGGUGCGAGUCUUGGAACUGGAGGCAUCAUUGGAUCAGGAACGCCUGCGACUUUCUGCUCUUCGUCGCCAUCACUACCAAUUGGCUGGUGAAGUUGAAGGCUGGGAUCAGGAGUCUCUGCAGUACGUCACCCAACGAUGAAACUGAAACAGUGUUACUACGAGACUUUUUGCCAGCUACACAUAAAUGACAUUGUUUAACGCGCGUAUUGUUCUGAGGAACGGGCUCGGUAUGACUGAGAAAACAAAUGUAUGUAGUACAUUUGCGUUUGAUAUCAUUUUCAGAUGCAGAGGGUUAUUUUUGUUAUUGAAGAUUAUUUUGAGGACUUGGUUUCAUGAUGGCAGUUACUCAGGGAUGAAUGUAUAUUGGCCAAGUUAAAUUUCCCUGCGGUUUUGGAAGUUGUUCGGUUGAGUAGUUGUGCAUCGUAGUGUCGUGUCAGAAGGAAGAGUUGAAACCAAAGGACCAUCAUUGUCUGUGCAUCUGAUACAAGCACUAAUGCAAUGUAUGAACUAACAAUAAUAUACAUAGAUAUAUAUAUAUAUAUAAAUAUAUAUUUAUAGCAGAAGUUGAAUGUGGGCUGUUUUCAGAGUGAGGUUAAUAGUUUAUUUACCUCUACGUCUAUACAAAGUUGGUGUUAUUUCAACGACUGUAAUUUUAAUGUCUUUAUGUUCUGUGUUGUGGAGUGUAGCAGCUGCCAGAAGUUUUAUCUGACCGCUUCCCACCGAUUGUUACGACGGAGUAACUGUGGGGGGGUCUUAACGUUUCUCAUUGCCACCAACCAUAAUGAACCGGCAAACUUCGGGGAAGAAGGAGGCUACGAUGUCUCCACUGCUGCCAGUCAUUAUUCUAAUUACUCUGUAACCUCGUAAUUGUUUCAAACUACCGGGUUGCCACCAGUGAGCAACCCUAAGGUCCUAAUUCCUAUCCAUCUAGUGUUACUGUUGGAAGACCUGAAAUAAUAAUUUGUGCUCGUAUUAGUGCAAGAAUGUCCUAA